UUGGAUAUAAAUCGCCGUAAUCUUACGGAAUUUGGUAAUAUGGCACUGGUGGAUGCAUCAGACAGUGAGGAUGAAGCGGACGGUAAGAAACGUAUCAAGUUAGCUGGUACGAAGCAUUCGGAUAUGGCCGAACGAUCAGCCAAACCCGAAAUACGCGUUCAGCACAUCAACUUUUCACCUACCGGAUUGAGUUUUGCCGUCUGUUCAACCGAAGGUGUGUGCGUGUUCUCGAGAGAUAAUCGUUUGAUAUUCGAUCCAUAUGAGCUAAACGUAGAGGUAACACCAAAAGGAAUCAAGCAAAAACUCGCCCAAGCAGAGUAUUCGCAUGCAUUGGUGAUGGCAUUGCGUUUGAACGACGCUCAACUGAUAGAGCAAUGUGUUCUGGCCACACCACUCGCACAAGUUGAUGUUGUCACGCGAUCGUUAGCGAUCAUAUACGCAGAGAAACUGUUGCAGUGGUUAUCGAAUGGUAAGAACACCUUAGCACAGUGUCACAUCCAGUUAUGGCAAUUAUGGCUGAAGAGCAUUCUGCUGGAACAUGCUCAGCAGAUCAAGUUGAAUCGUUCAGCGAAUCUGGCUUCUUUGACCGCCAUUCAACAACUCAUUUCAAACCACUCGAAUUUAGUUUCGAAAUUGUGA